UGGUACGUGUCUGGACACCAGUGGGUGUCCCAUGCUACUCGUGGUGCUCGCGGGCUUGGUCUUGGGGACCCCUUGGUGAACCCCUCCGUGCCUGCAGGGCCCAGUUUGUGGAGGGGCCCUGUCUGCACCUCUGGUGUCUUCUUGUGGGUUAAGUCAUGCCCCCUGGAGGUGGAGCAUGAGAUGUCCCCGUGUGGGCUGGGCGCACACAGCUCAUGGGAUGCACGUGUGUACUUGGGUGUGUAUGUGCUCUCCCAUGCGUCCGGGCUGUGCCCACACACUCGCACCCUCUCCCGCUUAUUCUCCUUCACAGGGCUGAGGCUCCCGGCCCCAUGAUUCCCGCCUCUGCAGGACCUGAGCGCCUCGGCCCGCGGCCCCGGCCUGCCAUGUCACUGCCACGUCUGAGCCUGCGGGUCCUCCCGCUGCUGCUGCUGCUGCUGGGGGGCGCACGGGCGGCAGCGGGGGCACCCAGGGCUGGUGGGGGGCCGCAGCCCGCCUUCCGCACCUUCUCGGCCAGCGACUGGGGCCUUACCCACCUGGUGGUCCACGAGCAGACCGGCGAGGUGUACGUGGGCGCGGUGAACCGCAUCUACAAGCUCUCGGGGAACCUGACGCUGCUGCGGGCCCACGUGACGGGGCCUGUGGAGGACAACGAGAAGUGCUACCCUCCCCCCAGCGUGCAGUCGUGCCCACACGGCCUGGGCAGCACCGACAACGUCAACAAGCUGCUGCUCCUGGACUACGCCGCCAACCGCCUGCUGGCCUGCGGCAGCGCCUCCCAGGGCAUCUGCCAGUUCCUGCGGCUGGACGACCUCUUCAAGCUGGGCGAGCCCCACCACCGCAAGGAGCACUACCUGUCCAGCGUGCGGGAGGCGGGCAGCAUGGCCGGCGUGCUGAUCGCCGGGCCACCGGGCCAGGGCCAGGCCAAGCUCUUUGUGGGCACGCCCAUCGACGGCAAGUCCGAGUACUUCCCCACGCUGUCCAGCCGCCGGCUCAUGGCCAACGAGGAGGACGCCGACAUGUUCGGCUUCGUGUACCAAGACGAGUUCGUGUCGUCGCAGCUCAAGAUCCCCUCGGACACGCUGUCCAAGUUCCCGGCCUUCGACAUCUACUACGUGUACAGCUUCCGCAGCGAGCAGUUCGUCUACUACCUCACCCUGCAGCUGGACACGCAGCUGACCUCGCCCGACGCCGCCGGCGAGCACUUCUUCACCUCCAAGAUUGUGCGCCUGUGCGUGGAUGACCCCAAGUUCUACUCGUACGUCGAGUUCCCCAUUGGCUGCGAGCAGGCGGGCGUGGAGUACCGCCUGGUGCAGGACGCCUACCUGAGCCGGCCCGGCCGCGCCCUGGCCCGCCAGCUGGGCCUGGCCGAGGACGAGGACGUGCUGUUCACCGUGUUCGCACAGGGCCAGAAGAACCGCGUGAAGCCACCCAAGGAGUCCGUGCUGUGCCUGUUCACGCUCAGGGCCAUCAAGGAGAAGAUCAAGGAGCGCAUCCAGUCCUGCUACCGCGGCGAGGGCAAGCUGUCGCUGCCCUGGCUGCUCAACAAGGAGCUGGGCUGCAUCAACUCGCCCCUGCAGAUCGACGACGAUUUCUGUGGGCAGGACUUCAACCAGCCUCUGGGGGGCACAGUCACGAUCGAGGGCACGCCCCUCUUCGUGGACAAGGACGACGGCCUGACCGCCGUGGCUGCCUAUGACUACCGGGGCCGCACCGUGGUGUUCGCCGGCACGCGCAGUGGCCGCAUCCGCAAGAUCCUGGUAGACCUGGGAAACCCUGGCGGCCGGCCAGCCCUGGCCUAUGAGAGUGUGGUGGCCCAAGAGAGCAGCCCUAUCCUGCGUGACCUGGUCCUCAGCCCCGACCGCCAAUACCUCUAUGCGAUGACUGAAAAGCAGGUGACUCGUGUGCCCGUGGAGAGCUGUGUGCAGUAUGCAUCAUGCGAGCUGUGCCUGGGGUCGCGGGACCCCCACUGCGGCUGGUGUGUCCUGCACAGCAUCUGCUCACGGCAGGACGCCUGUGAGCGGGCGGACGAGCCCCAGCGCUUCGCCUCCGACCUGCUGCAGUGCGUGCAGCUGACGGUGCAGCCUCGAAACGUCUCCGUCACCAUGUCUCAGGUUCCGCUUGUGCUGCAGGCCUGGAACGUGCCCGACCUCUCGGCUGGCGUCAACUGCUCCUUUGAGGACUUCACCGAGUCCGAGAGCAUCCUGGAGGACGGCCGCAUCCACUGCCGCUCGCCCUCUGCUCGGGAGGUGGCGCCCAUCACACGAGGCCAGGGAGACCAGCGGGUGGUCAAGCUUUACCUGAAGUCUAAGGAGACAGGCAAGAAGUUUGCGUCCGUGGACUUCGUCUUCUACAACUGCAGCGUCCACCAGUCCUGCCUGUCUUGUGUCAACGGCUCCUUCCCCUGCCACUGGUGCAAAUACCGCCACGUGUGCACACACAACGCUGCCGACUGCGCCUUUCUGGAGGGCCGUGUCAACGUGUCUGAGGACUGCCCGCAGAUCCUGCCCUCCACCCAGAUCUACGUGCCGGUGGGCGUGGUGAAGCCCAUCACCCUGGCCGCGCGCAACCUUCCACAGCCGCAGUCGGGCCAGCGUGGGUACGAGUGCCUCUUCCACAUCCCGGGGAACCCAGCCCGCGUCACUGCCCUGCGCUUCAACAGCUCCAGCCUGCAGUGCCAGAACUCCUCGUAUUCCUAUGAGGGCAAUGAUGUCAGCGACCUGCCCGUGAACCUGUCGGUGGUGUGGAACGGUGACUUCGUCAUCGACAACCCUCAGAACAUCCAGGCCCACCUCUACAAGUGCCCGGCCCUUCGAGAGAGCUGCGGCCUCUGCCUCAAGGCCGACCCGCGCUUUGAGUGCGGUUGGUGCGUGGCCGAACGCCGGUGCUCCCUGCGCCCCCACUGCCCCGCCGAUGCACCUGCCGCCUGGAUGCAUGCCCGCCAUGGCAGCAGCCGCUGCGCUGACCCCAAGAUCCUUAAGCUGUUCCCCGAGACAGGCCCGCGGCAAGGAGGCACACGGCUCACCAUCACGGGUGAGAACCUGGGCCUGCGCUUUGAGGACGUGCGGCUGGGCGUGCGCGUGGGCAAGGUGCUGUGCAGCCCCGUGGAGAGCGAGUACAUCAGUGCUGAGCAGAUCGUCUGCGAGAUCGGGGAUGCCAGCACAGUGCGAUCUCACGAUGCCCUAGUGGAGGUGUGCGUGCGAGACUGCUCUCCUCACUACCGGGCCUUGUCACCCAAGCGCUUCACCUUUGUGACUCCAACCUUCUAUCGAGUGAGCCCUGCCCGAGGGCCUCUUUCCGGGGGCACCUGGAUUGGCAUCGAGGGCAGCCACCUGAACGCAGGCAGUGACGUGGCUGUGUCUGUUGGCGGCCGGCCCUGCUCCUUCUCCUGGAGGAACUCCAGAGAGAUCCGGUGUCUGACGCCCCCUGGGCAGAGCCCCGGCAGUGCGCCCAUCGUCAUCAACAUCAACCGUGCUCAGCUCACCAACCCUGAGGUGAAGUACAAUUAUACGGAGGACCCCACCAUCCUGAAGAUCGACCCUGAGUGGAGCAUCAACAGCGGAGGGACCCUCCUAACCAUCACGGGCACCAACCUGGCCACUGUCCGUGAACCCCGCAUCCGGGCCAAGUAUGGAGGCGUUGAGAGGGAGAACAGCUGCCUGGUAUACAACGACACCACCAUGGUGUGCCGUGCCCCGUCAGUGGACAACCCUACGCGUAGCCCGCCAGAGCUGGGGGAGCGGCCGGAUGAGCUGGGCUUCAUCAUGGACGACGUGCGUGCCCUGCUGGUGCUCAACUCCUCCUCCUUCCUCUACUACCCGGACCCUGUGCUGGAGCCACUCAGCCCCACGGGCCUCCUGGAACUGAAGCCCAGCUCCCCACUCAUCCUCAAGGGCCGGAACCUCCUGCCACCUGCGCCCGGCAACUCGCGGCUCAACUACACGGUGCUCAUCGGCUCCACACCAUGCGCCCUCACCGUGUCAGAGACCCAGCUGCUCUGCGAGUCCCCCAACCUCACGGGGCAGCACAAGGUCACGGUCCGGGCUGGUGGCUUCGAAUUCUCUCCAGGGAUGCUGCAGGUGUACUCAGACAGCCUGCUGACCCUGCCUGCCAUCGUUGGCAUUGGCGGGGGCGGAGGCCUCCUGCUGCUGGUCAUCGUGGCUGUGCUCAUCGCCUACAAGCGCAAGUCUCGGGACGCCGACCGCACCCUCAAGCGGCUGCAGCUACAGAUGGACAACCUGGAGUCCCGCGUGGCUCUGGAGUGCAAGGAAGCCUUUGCAGAGCUACAGACGGACAUCCACGAGCUGACCAACGACCUGGAUGGUGCCGGCAUCCCGUUCCUCGACUACCGGACAUAUGCCAUGCGGGUGCUCUUCCCCGGGAUUGAGGACCACCCAGUGCUCAAGGAGAUGGAGGUGCAGGCCAACGUGGAAAAGUCGCUGACGCUGUUCGGGCAGCUGCUCACCAAGAAGCACUUCCUGCUGACCUUCAUCCGCACGCUGGAGGCCCAGCGCAGCUUUUCCAUGCGAGACCGCGGGAACGUGGCCUCACUCAUCAUGACGGCCCUGCAGGGCGAGAUGGAGUAUGCCACGGGUGUGCUCAAGCAGCUGCUGUCCGACCUCAUCGAGAAGAACCUGGAGAGCAAGAAUCACCCCAAGCUGCUGCUGCGGCGGACCGAAUCAGUGGCGGAGAAGAUGCUGACCAACUGGUUUACCUUCCUUUUAUACAAAUUCCUGAAGGAGUGUGCAGGAGAGCCCCUCUUCAUGCUCUACUGCGCCAUCAAGCAGCAGAUGGAGAAGGGCCCCAUCGACGCCAUCACCGGUGAGGCCCGCUACUCCCUGAGUGAGGACAAGCUCAUCCGGCAGCAGAUCGACUACAAGACACUGACCCUGAACUGUGUGAACCCCGAGAACGAGAAUGCUCCCGAAGUGCCAGUGAAGGGACUGAACUGUGACACGGUGACGCAGGUUAAGGAGAAGCUGCUGGAUGCCGUGUACAAGGGCGUGCCCUACUCCCAGCGGCCAAAGGCUGGGGACAUGGACCUGGAGUGGCGCCAGGGCCGUAUGGCACGCAUCAUCCUGCAGGACGAGGACGUUACCACCAAGAUCGACAAUGACUGGAAGAGGCUGAACACUCUGGCUCACUACCAGGUGACGGACGGGUCCUCAGUGGCGCUGGUGCCCAAGCAGACGUCCGCCUACAACAUCUCCAACUCGUCUACCUUCACUAAGUCCCUCAGCAGAUACGAGAGCAUGCUGCGCACGGCCAGCAGCCCCGACAGCCUCCGCUCACGCACGCCCAUGAUCACGCCCGACCUGGAGAGCGGCACCAAGCUGUGGCACCUCGUGAAGAAUCACGACCACCUGGACCAGCGGGAGGGCGACCGAGGCAGCAAGAUGGUCUCGGAGAUCUACUUGACGCGGCUGCUGGCCACCAAAGGCACGCUGCAGAAGUUUGUGGAUGACCUGUUCGAGACCAUCUUCAGCACGGCACACCGGGGCUCGGCCCUGCCGCUGGCCAUCAAGUACAUGUUCGACUUCCUGGACGAGCAGGCCGACCAGCACCAGAUCCACGACUCGGAUGUGCGCCACACCUGGAAGAGCAACUGGUGCGUUCUGGGGACGGGGUUGGUGUGUGAGUGUGGGCUGCUGUGUGAGAAGCAGGCGCGGCGGAAUGGGCCCACGCUGGCCGGCUGCGGGGCGGAUAUGACAGAGUGCACAGCCGUCGGUGCAGAGCUGACCGCCAGCACUCAGCACACAGCCCUAACCGGGGGCUGGGGCACAGUGAUGGGCAAAGCAUCCCUAGAGCGGAAUCUGGAUGGGGGAGAGGAGGACACAGCCCCAGACCCAAUGACACCAAGGAGCCGCCUGGAGGUGCUGUGUGGAAUCAGCCCAGGAGGGGAACGCCUUACCCUGCGGGUCAUGUCUGGCUUUGGAGAGCAGUUCUCAUCUAAGACGGGAAUGAGGAACCUGAGGGAGGUCUGCUCAGAGCCCCUCAGCCUGGACAGGCGUGAGGUGGUUGGCCCCAGAGGUGCUGAGCAGAGCCCUGCCAGGAGCUGCCGAGUGGCCGUGCCCACCUCUCCCCCAGGCAGCACGGCGGGUGGCCUGGUAGUGACUGCACGAGGGGCCCAUCGAUUGGGGGAUGGGCAGAUGGAGAACCGGACCGCCCACAGGGCUUGA